GGAACAUUCACUUUCGGAGCCGUAAAGCUGAGGGGCCUUGGACUCAGACUCCAGGAGCGCCGGCCCACCGCUCAAAGCCUGACUCCAGGCAGACGUUCCCGCCCCUGGGAGCACCCUCCAGAGCUCCAAAGCACCAACGCCACAGGCGGGCAGCGGAGGGGCGGUCUGCAACGUCGUCAACCAACUGCUGAGUAAGCACUCAAGGGUGGCUCUUCUUCCAUUUAUAUGCCCACGUCACCAGAAGUUAAGUGUCAGUUGGUACUGCUUUAGUCGAGGAAAACAAACAAACAAACAAAAAAACAAAACAAAACAAAAAAACCAAGGAACCCUCCCAUGGGCCUGCAUCACCCAGGCACAGGUUCUCCGAAGGGCAGGGGCAGAGUCGCCCAGAAGGGACAGGUGGCAAAGCGUCUGGCUGCCCCGCAUCUCCCAAACGCCCUGGAAGACACGGAUAGUCGGCUCAAUGUCGGCGAUAGUGGUUGACAAGCUCUCUGCCGGAGCAGUGGUCGCGUGGGUUUUUGACCGGAAGCCGGUCCCACAUCCGGCUGUCAGUCACCGCCGCAGGUUACCUGGCACAGCCGACUGGGCUACCGCCGCGGAAACCAGGGACCUUCCACAAGUCGGGAGGCGCGCGGCCGCGCAGAGCCUGUCGGGAGCACGCACGCCUCACGCUCCCGGCUUUGUUUUACGUCACUUCCGCUGCGACUAGCAGUGGGCCCGCCUCCCAGCGCGGCCGUAACCCAGGACAACGGCCGGGUGGCAACAAACUGUUGCUCUAGCCCGCCGGCCGGGACUAGCCGCUCCGGGGCCUUCCAUCCUGCCUACCCCCUAAUGAAGGUGUGAGCGGCCGCGUCCCCGACCCAGGAGCAAGGCCCCGGACCCUUCCACGGGCAGCGGAGAGAGGCCCUGCCCCGUUCGCAAGGAAGCGACCCUCAAGCAGGGAAGUAGAAGAGAGGUAAUAGAACGUGACUAACUUCUCUUCUGGUACCCUAUUGGGGACCAAUUUCUGCUGCAGAAUAGGGGCUUACCUGAUAUCGUAUACCUGAUCAGGAAGAUGUUAAAAACUAUUAUCAACCAUCCCAGUAAUGGAUCUCUGUCAGGAAAGUGAGACUCAUUUAGAAAAUAAUGAAAAUAAUGAAAUUCAAAGCACAGAAGAAACUGAACUAACCUUCACUUGUCCAGAUGGAAAGAGUGAAAAGAAUUAUGUGUGUUCUCUUCUCAACAUCAGUGAUAUUACGCUUGAAGACGACGAAAGAGCCACCAAGUUGGUUAUGGGCACUGGCUGGGAAGAAGCCGUCAAAGGCUGGGGAAAGGUUUCUCCAACUGCCUGCAUGUGGCCAAGGAAGAAACUAAAAAAGGCGAGGGUAGGAGAAAGUGCCAGUAGCAGCUGCUUAUUCUGCAUCAGCCUUGCCCAAGGGAGUCUGGAAGCCAGCCCUCCCACAGAGACCGGGAAAUUGGAAGCAGGGGCUGUGGCUGAGGGGGGCCUUGAGAAGAAUAGGAACAGUACCCUCCAGAGUCAGGGGUCCUGUCAAUGUCCUACCACCACGUCCAGGGAGGUUAACAAAAUUUGCUUUCCCUCCUAUGUUCAUGGAGGAAAAAAAAGCCUGCAAAUCAAGGAGUUUAUAUGGUGCGUGGAAGACUGGGCCACCCUCGAGACUAAUAGUGGCAAGGCCACUGGGAAUCUAAGUGGAGGUGCCAACAGAGGGCUUUCCAUCUCUGACUCCUUGACUUCCAAGGCCCUACUAGUUCUGCCUCCCCUAAAACCUUCACCCUCAAGCGGCUUGGAAAUUCUGGGUAAGAAGAGUAAGAGCGUGACUUGGCAGCUGGAAGACAAGGUGCCGAGUGUGGAGAAGGAUGAGUGUGUGGCUUGUGCACGUGGAUUGAAAACAGUGGAUGGGAAAGAUGAGAAAAGACCCCUUGAGGUGGCCAAGCUGAAGGUCCACGACACGCCACCUUUCCCUUCCCCAGUGCUCUGGACAUCCCCGCUGGCUGAUAUUGAGCAGUGCUGCCUGCAUUGGCCUUUCCUACCUGAGGAGAGCCCGCUGGGCCCUUCCAACCCCAGCCCAGUUCACUACCUUGCAACCCUGCAGCUUUUGCAGAAACAGGAAGUGCAAAGCUACAAAGCCAAAUUCAGAGCCAAGGAGCUGAGACCACCCAGAAACACCCAAAAGCAUGUUCUUCCAGGGGCCAGGCAGGAAAAUCGACCCCGAAUGCUGGAGACCGAAAUGUUCCCAAGACACCUCUUGCCGUCCCUCACAGUGAGCAGAGUUGUUAUCCCCAUUUCCACUCACAGAUUCCUCUGACUUGUCACAAUAGAAGUCCUUAAAAUAAUCACUGCUUGAAAUUCAUUUGUCUGUCUCUCUAUCUCCUCCUCCCCUCAUAUUCUUUCUCCUCUUCUAUUGCCAUCCUUUUUUUUCUUUUUGUAGCAGAACCAGAGGAAAUUGAACGUGUUUGGAUUUAUUCUCUAAAAUCCCAUGUUACCUACUUCUGCUGUUAAUCCAUUUAUAAAAUGAAAAUUGGCAGUACCAGCCCCCACCUCUACCUACUUUACCUCUCUGUGCCCAGUGGAAGCCAUGGGGAAGGCGGACAAUUCAAAGCGCCUCCCUCUACUGUCCCUGUGCCAGCCCAAGAGCUAUUUGGCAGGGACUCGUUCUGUCCCACCCCAGUGCCUUAAGCUAAGUUAUCCUGGGUUGGCUCAGAUUAAAUUGCUUUCUGAUCUUUUGAAUAAGCAGUCAGUAUCUGUCUACUGCCUCAUUUUCUUUUUUUUAAAUUGAUUUUUUUUAAAAAAUAAAUGAAGGUAGAAUGCAUUACAGUUCUUAUUAUAUACAGCACAAUUUUUCAUAUCUCUGGUUGUAUAUAAAGUAUGUUGACACCAAUUCGUGUCUUCAUGCAUGUACUUUGGAUAAUGAUGUCCAUCACAUUCCACCAUCCUUGCUAAUCCCCUGCCCCCUUCCUUCCCCUCUGCCCUAUCUAGAGUUCGUCCAUUCCUCCAUGCUCUCCUACUCCCUACCCUACUAUGAAUCAGCCCUCUUAUAUCAGAGAAAACAUUUGGCAUUUGUUUUUGGGGGUUGGCUAACUUCAAUUAGCAUUAUCUUCUCCACUCAUUUUCUUUGUAACAAAGAUCUGAAGCUCUGUUUUCAUAGGAAAUUUCAGCCUGUGUCCAUGUGACGAUCCUGGUGUCCAAGGUAUCAUAUCCUUGCAUCAUGUUUUGGCCGGAGUUGUACAAAAUCCAGUCUGAGGAGCAGGUUUAAGAAUAAUUAUCCAUUUAAAAAAGAAAGUCAUUGUCAUCCCUGACCUGCUUCCUCCUCCCUUACCUUGCAUCUGAUGCUUGGGAACCCUCAACCCUAGACAUGUAGGGAAUAAGCUGUUACUUUUCCCCCAUCCUGCCUUUGCUUUCUUAUUUUACCCCAGUGCAUAUUUCUUGAGAUUGUAUAUAAAUAAAACAUUAUCAAUAAGUUUUAUUUUUAAUGACAAGUGAUGUUAUGUAGACAAAUGGUCUAACCAUUUUUUAUGUGAAUAACCAUGAAGCUCCUUUGGAAUUACCUAGCUUGACUUGCUUAAGGCAGGUUGUGCCUGGAUUCUGGACUUUCCAUCUCCUAAAGAAUGGAGUGAACAGUGUAUGAUUGUAUUUGUAAACAUUUGCAACGUGUUGACUGUUAGCCUGAUGUGCUUUGUUGUGUUGAUUUUUAAGAGACACCAGAAAUGCUUAGAAGGUCAUUUGCACUUCCUCAUAGGCUUGGUUGUGUCCCCCUGAAGAGACCCGUUCCCCAUGUUUCUGGACAGUGGGGUAUUAGGCCUUGUGGCUCUGGCAUCUGCUCCUCUAAGUCAGUGACUGUAGAAUCCCCUUUCUAAAGCAGCAGAUUAGUCAAUAAGCUCAAUAUGUAGAACUGUCGGAAUCGUGUGAUAGGAGAUGGUGACCCCCAGCAGGAGUGAGGGUCCAGAGGCCUUACCUGCUCAGCCUAGUGUACUUACCUUUUGAAAAAAAAAUUUUUUUUAAAUGGUACUAGGGAUUGACCCUAGGGACACUUAACCACUGAGCUGCAUCCCCAUUUUAUUUAUUUUGAGACAGGGUCUUGCUAAGUUGCUCAGGGACUUCCUGAGUUGCUGAGGCUGGCUUUGAAUUUGCAAUCCUCCUGUCUCAGCCUCCUGAGUUGCUGGGAUUUGAGAUCUUAAGGCAGUUUUAAAACACUAAUCUAGGUUACAGUGGGGUUUUGUAAUUUUAGGAAAAAGUUUUCCAUUCAGAUAAUUCUACAGAUUUGGGUGCAGUGGCAUACACUUGUAAUCCCAGUGACUUAGGAGGCUGAGGCAGGAGGAUCUCAAGUUUGGGGCCAGCCUGGGUAACUUUGUGAGACCCUGUUUCAAAAUAAAAAAUAAAAAGGGCUGGGCAUGUAGCUCAGUGGUAGAGUGCCCUGGGGCUCAAUUCCCAGUGCCAAAAAUAUUGUAGAUUUUUAUGAAAACAUGAUAUGGAGUGUAUGUGUUUUAUGUAUGUGUAUGUAUUUAUACUUAUGUGUAGAUAUAUAUAUGUAUAAUGUGUGUAUAGGUACAUUUUUUGUGUGUGAUGUCAGGAACUGAACCCAGAGCCUCAUGCAUGCUAGGCAUGUGCUUUAUCACUGAGUCCUAUAUAAUAAUUUAGAAUUAAGAGGAGGGCCAGUCUUAACAAAGGAAAAGCUCAAAACUACUGAUGAUUUAUUGAGGGACAGGGAUCUAUCUGGCUCAUUGGCACAGUGCAUGCUUCACAUGUUUGAGGCCCUGGAUUCAAUCUCCAGCACCCGCCCACAACAACAAGAUUUCAGGUAUCCUUUCUGAACAGAUAAUUAUUUUGUCUAACAAAAUAUUGACUAGAAGAUUCCUUUGUGAAUAGAUUAAGAAUGUUUUGCAUUUGGUGUCUCUUGGCUCAGGAAGUUAUUCAAGAACCUAAUAACUUCCCCUCAGAAUCUUCUCUGCAGCCCAGGCUUAUCUUGUUUCUUUGGGGAUGAAGUCACUCCAGGCCUUGGCCCAGUUUUUGUUCAGAUUAGCUCAGGACAUCUAAACUAGUCCUUUGCUGUCUCAGUCUAGCUAGAUAAAGGCAAAAUGUUGAAUAGAACACACCUUCCCAUUGGGAUCUGCAUUGCUGACCAAAUUUCUAGGGGACACUCCGUGUUUUAAGAACUGAAGAAUGUUAUAAUGCAGGUGCCAGUGGCCUCUCUUGAGGGGACAUUCUCAGGUUUGGUUCCUCUAGUCCUCUCCAAACCAAGAACAGAGCUUGUGUGUCAUUCCUUGUUCUGUUAAUUUUAGUUAUUAGUAAAAAUUUCUUGAAACUUUCAAACUCAUCAAGUGAAAUUUUGGCAGCAUCACAUACAGGAUUCCCACAGAGCCUGAGGUCACUCAUGGGCAAGCUGGGGGUUGAGGCCUGCUGUGGCUGCUGAGAUCUGGUGAGGCAAGGUUGACUUUUUUUUGGCAGUUCUGGGGAUGGAACCCAGCACCUCACAUAAUGCUAGGCAAGUGUUCUACCCCUGAGCUACCUAUGCUUCAGCCCCAGUGGAGCAUCACUAUUUUUUUUUUUGGGGGGGGGGGGUGUGCCGGGGAUUGAACUCAGGAGCAGUCCCUAAUAUGGAGCCACAGCCCCAGUCCUUUUUAUUUUUUGAGACAGUUUCACUAAGUUACAAAGGCUGGAGUUGAACUGCGAUCUUCCUGCUUCAGCUUCACGUUUCUAGGAUUACAGGAGUGGGCCACCACACCUGGCUUGAGGUGCCACUCUUGAAAGACAAUGGGAAGACUAUAAAUGAGAAUAAGGCCUGGCUAUAUUUGGACAAGCCUUUGACUACUUUAGAAGACCUUCACUACUUUUAAAUCAUAUCUUAUUCAAAUCAUUACUUCAAAGACCAUGCUAUACAAUGAUUUGAACCCAGAAUCAAAUUUGCUUUCAAUCUCUUCCUCCAAGUUCAGAAGUUUCAGGGCCCAGAGAGACCACAGAGCCCAGGUCAUCUCACUUUGGCCCCACUGGCCAAGCAAGCACAACUUCAGGCUGCACAUCUGGGGCUCAUGUUCAGUGCCGCCUUGCAGUUGUAGCUUCAGGGUUACUGAAAGCAAGCCAGGGAAGGAAGAAAUGGGGCUUUUUGACCCAUAGUAGCCAAGGACCAUCCUUUGUUCCAUGCUUGAACACUCUCCUGUCUGCCAGGCAACCCAUGAGCCAGGAGCAGACCCAGAGGCUGAGCUCUUCAUUACAAGCUAAACUGCCCCAAAGCUGGGAACUAUUAGGAGGCUUGGUUUUUUUUUUUUACACCCCGGCUCUGUCAAUGGUCAUUGCUGCUUUUGCCCCUUUGAGGGGAUUAAUACCUGAGGUUCUUUCGGUCAUUUUAGUGCAGUUGACUUGCCCACAAACCUUAUUAAAGACUCAAAAUGGUGAACAAUUCUUUCUGUCCCAGAUUUGUUGUGAAUCCUGGCCUUUCCUGUGAGAGAAAAAACAAAAACAAUACUAAGUGAAUUUUAAUAUUUGUAAAUAGUGAAAUCCCUGAGGAGGUUUUUAAACAUACUACUGAUCUCAACCUUCUCUAUUAACACAUACUUUCUAAAGAGCACCAUAACUUAGAGGACUGAAUUGCAUUUAUAGAACACUUCAAGUUCCACCCACCCCAGCAACUGGCCAUCUUUAAGAGAAGGGCUUUUCAACCUAGGCCCUAUUAUCAUUUUGGGCUGGUUCAUUCUUUGUGUUGGCUGUCCUGUGCAUUGAGAGAUGUGGAACAGCGUCCCCAGCCUUGACCCACUAGGUGCCAGUAGCACCCCAGCUGUGACAACCAGAAAUAUGUCCAGAGUACCAAAUGCCUCUUGAGGGCAAGUCAUCUAGCAGAGAACCACUGCUUUAGGGAAUCAGCAAUUCUAGAACACACUGUUUUCUGCAGCUUCUCUGAUGACCUUACUCACAGAGCAAGCAGAAGCCUUGAUCAAAAUGGGAAGGGACGCUGGGCAACACCGCGCUCAUCUCAUCCCCAAAGGCACAGGUGCCCUCUCUUGUGUUCUGGUCCUUUCUGAUGGUCUUGUCCAGGUCUUUAGAUAGAAGCAACCACAUGUCUGCUUUUCUCUCAGAACAGUCUCUCAAGAAAGAGUAGAGCCCACUUCAGGAGCGGCUGUGGGCCUCCCUGCCUCCCUCCUUCAGGAUGAUGUGCACGAUUGUUUUGGCAAGGUUUUCAAGAUAAUUCUAUUAAUAUAUUUAGUUUAAUGCUAUUAUUCAGAAUCCUUUAAUGUUUAAGCAACAGAUUCUUUUCCAUGGUGACUGCUUGUGCUGAACAGGUGUAAAUAUUAAGAAGCAUGUGAUACACCUCGGUAACCACUGGCAAGUAUAUGCUUCAUAAGAAUACAUGAAAGCCACCUUUCUCCCCUGAGUCUCUUAAAUGGAACAGUUUUUCCACUUUUUAAAACUCUUGGUGUCACGUUAGCAGUGCAGGAAGGUUGUGACUGUCCUAUGACUUUGAAAGCAGAACUUUUUGUAAUCUCACUUGUUUUAAUCUACAUGUGCUCUGACAAGAACUAGAAUCUAACAUAGAACUUGGUCCACGAAUCUGUCUUAAUUUCUUUGUCUAUUUCUUCAAAUCCUCAGGACUGAUUUCUUUAAAUUUCAGGAAAAUAGGAAAUCAGAAAGAUACUUAUCAUUGUGGUAGCUAUUUAGCAAACUGUUUCUUGCACAUACCUUGUUACAGAAGAGUGAUUUAAAUGGUUUUUAAAUACAUCACAUCUUACUAAAAAAAGGUACAAAAGAAAAAAGGAUCAACAGUAUCUUGCAAUUCAUUAACAGUACUCUCAAAUAUAGAUAAAACAAAAAUUAUUUCCAUGAUAUGACCUAAGAUGGUAUAAUUGUUAAAGCAGGUUGCCAAGAGUUUAGAUGGCUUUUCAAGUUUCUUGAUCUUGGGAGGCUUUUUAAGUUACGGAGGAGAGUUUUAAUGGUUAAAUAUCCGUUUGUGAGAGGUUAAUUCAGAUGCACUGACUUCUGCCAAAUUUUUAUUUUAGCGUGGACACUGCAUUUUCUGAAGUCACUAAAUUUCUUAUUGCAGCUCAAGAAAAAAGAAGAUAAAGUAGUAGAGGGAUCAAUUUCAAAUUCAUUCCUAAGCAGCAACAUGUUUGAGACGCACUCAUAAAACCAAAUAUUGCUCCCAGGACAUGGAAAAAGCAAUGGAUCACCAAAAAGCAGAGAGUAAAAUGCUGUAAGCAGAAAUAAGAAAAUGUGAAACUCAGGACAAUUACACAUAUCAUGCUAUGCUACAAAGCUCACUCCUGUAAGGAGUAACACUUGUACUUUUAAAAUUUUUUUCCUCUUAAUAUUUUUUUAGUUGUCAAUAGACCUUUAUUUUAAUUAUUUAUAUACAGUGCUGAGAAUCAAACCUAGGGCCUUACACAUGCUAGGCAAACGCUCUACCACUGAGCCACAACUCCAGCCCAACUCUUGUAUUUGAUAAUAACAAGUCACUAAUUUAAUUUUUUUCAAUUUCAGAAAUAUUUUAUUUUGCUGAUAAAAAUACAACGUAUUUUAAUUAUUUUGUUGUUCUUUUUUUUUUUUUUAAUUUUUGCAGCCGAGUAUCCUGUAACAUUAACUUUCUUCAGAGUGAAAUACCAAAAAUUACGGAGGGGGCCAUGGCAUUAAGUUCCUCAUAGGCAAACUUAUGAAAUUUGUGUUUUUAGAACAAAGUUACAGAUGUUUUUGUUAUUUAUUAGUAAGGCAGUUAUAGUAUUUUCCCUAGGUUGUCUAAAGUUUUGAAAGAAUACUGGUAAUCUAGUUCAAGUGUUAUAUAGACAUUGUUUUUAUUUAUAUACAAUUUGACCUUCUCCUCCUUCCAAAAAUGCUUGUUUUUAAAUGUAGCCCAUUUUAGUUAAUGUUUGGAGAACUAUGGACCUUCUCCAUGUGUUCUUUCAACCUGUCUUAGUGCGUAAACAAAUAUAUUGUGUAUCUGUUAAUAAUAAAUACAAUCCCAACAACAGAGAAUCCCUUGGAUUUAACCAUUACAAAAGUGAAGUCAUUUUCUUUGGUCAUAUGAAUAUUUUACCAGCCAGCAUCUUCCUGAAGGAACUCGAUUAAAACUUACAUCACUUAACAAUUGGAGUCAUUUAGAUGUUGAGAGUAUGAAAGGGUAUAUGUUGUCUUCUCCUAGCAUCAGAUCUAAUUAAUGGCACACUUCAGCAUACUUGUGGUGACAACAAACAUACACAUUGUGAGAUAAAAGGAAAAUGAAACUGCACGUACUAUCCCUACGUCCCUAAAGUUAACUUAAGGCCCUUUAAUGUACCAGAUAGUAAGCGUUCUCUCCAUCAGUAUUAGCAGGUUUUGAUGAGCGGUUUUGAGCUGAAUUACUAUCUCUAAAAUUGAGGCCAGAAAGGAUUAAAUGAAAACAAUCCCAUUAUUUGGCAGAAUUAAUAAAAGUUAUUUCACAGCUAGACUAAUACUGUUCAGUGUCUUCACAUGAAAAAGUAAUUUUAGACUUUCAGGUAAGUUUACAAAAUUUUUGUUUUCCUGUGACCUAAAGCAGUCAGAUACACAAUAGUUCAGCUUUCCUGUAAAUUGGUGAUGGAGCAAAGAAAUAAUUAUUCUAGUCCUCUUGUUUUUACUCAUAAGCCUAGAACCACCUUAUCUAGAGACAAAGGCAGACCAUUAUAAAAUGGUAGCAUCAGGUAAUGUGUGAAUUGUAGUAAUUGAUUGCCAUUUUUAGGUAAAUUAUUCACCUGAAAUUUAAAAAGGAAAAUUAUUAGUCUAUUUUCAUGAACAAAAAAAGUAAAACAAUAAUGAAACUAACAGCACAGUUACUUCAUCAUGUCACUUUUAGAAAUGAGUCUGUAAAAAAAGCAACAAAAUAAGUUGUAUCAUGAGCAGGUCAAAAAACACACACAAAAAGAAUUCUAGCUUCCUUUUAAUCAUUGAAUUUCAGUUUUUACAGAUGAUCUUAGGACAAUCCAGGUAACUAAGGUUUUGCGGGGGAACAGUUCUUGUACAUGAAGAACAAUCACAUGCUCCACUUUUUGUAAAUAACUAUUGGCUGGAUUAACAAACAUCGUCACAAACAGAAGUAAAGCCAUAGAUCACUGCAUAUGUAUUUACAAAAAGCCAUAAACAAACAUGCAUUUCUUCUUUAUCAGGACGACUUAAAUAGAUGUUUGAACAUUAAGGCAGUGAUGAUUCUAAAACAAUGAAAAUCUAAGUUAAGGCUUUAUGUUCAUUUUGAAACUCAUAUUCAUAGGCAACUGUGACCAAAGCAAAGUUAUCUACUAGGUAUUAGUUCAUCUGCUUGGAUAUGUUAUUAAUCCAUUACCAAUUCUCUUUCAGACAUAUGGGAUAAGCAUUAUUACCAACACCAUCAAUUUACUUUAAUGAAUCAUUAGUUUCCUUCUUAAGUUCUAUUUUGAGGAGUUAGGUUUCAGCAGCACAAGCAUGUGCCACAGAAAAAACAGAGCAUUUUUGGGUAAAGUUUGAAAACACACAGGCUGCACUUGCCUGAGAAUUGGGCAACAAUUAAGAAUUCAGGCUGGGCACAGUGGCACACACCUGCAAUCCCAGCAGCUUGGGAGGCUAAGGCAGGAAAAUCUCAAGUUCAAAAAAAAAAAGCCAACCUCAGCAACA